AUGAUUCUCUGUUUCUAUACAGUACCAUCGUAGCCAACCUGAACCCUGGUUGGAGCCCCAGUGAAGCCCCACCGAACCUCGGCCAAGCGCUGAGGACCUUGAUUAGAGAAAAGACGAGCCUCACCUCCACAAUCAGGACGGCGAUCCUAACGCUGCCGCGAAGUGCGGCAUUGUGACACCACUCAUCCGUAGCCGCUCGCCAUAAUAAUGCGAAAUCCUAUCGCCUGCGCACCAUGCCGCACCGCAAAGCGGCAAUGCAUCCACCAUGACGCCCGCCCUCCCUGCGACCGCUGCCGAGCGCUCGGACGGGGCGACACCUGCUAUUUUCCUCCGCCGGGCACCUCCAUGCACCACCGGCUGACGAAAAGCGCAAGACGACAGCGAGAAUCGGGGCGAGACGGUGGGGAGAUCAGCGGCCGGCGAUUGGCAUAUUACCCACCGUCCCCGGGACCACAACAGGAUGGGGAGGAUGGUGGGAAGCCGAGCAUCAUCGACCCGAAACACCAGGGAAAGGUGGUUGGCGGAUGGAUACCGGCGAAGCGGACGGAUGUGGAUUUGACGGACGUGAAUCCGUAUAGAUAUUUUACGGACGAGGUGAAGAACAGUUAUUUGAGAUGUAGCUACAAGUGGAGUUUCUUGCAUACGCCGACCUUGUUGAAGAAGGUCCGAAAGGAAGAGGUGGAGCCAGCCGUGAUAUGGGCGAUACUGGCCCUGGCGAUAAGAUUUUCCACAAGAGCCCCCGAACCAUUCUCUACCCCCAUCGAAGCCAGCAACACCUUCGCCGCUCAUGCCCGCAACCUUCUCCAACUCUCCCUCGAGGUACCGGACCUUACCACCAUCCAAACCCUUCUCAUGAUCACCGGACACAGUUGGGGCUCCGGAGACGGCCAGAAAGCCUGGAUGUACCUCGGGCUCGCCGUCCGAAUGGUUCAGGUGCUACGGCUCUGUGAGGAGGGUGAAUACAAAGACAUGGAAACCCUAACCGAAGAAGAGUUUAUCGAAAGCGAAGAAAGGCGGCGAACAGCCUGGACCUGUUUCUUAAUGGACAGCUUGCUCAGCGGUGGGAAGGGGAGGAGGAGAGGCUUGUCGGCGGACGAAAUGCAGGUGCAAUUGCCCUGCGAAAGAGACAGCUUUGUCUUUGGCGAGGCCGUACGAACGGAGUCAUUGAGCCCUGGAUGUUAUAACUCCGGACUCUCGUUAGGAUUUCCGACCGGAGAACUGGGCCUCAUUGCCUACAGCAUGCGCGUCGCUGACAUAUGGGGUGACGUUGCGCGAUGGGCUUGUUCUAGAGAUGCAGAAGAUCAAUUACCCUGGGAUCCGGAUUCGAAGUAUCAGAUCCUGACACAACAGCUGGAAAAGUGGCGCUCGUCACUCCCGCAUCGAUUGCAGUAUCGUAAAUCGGGGCUUCAUGGACACAGUGCGCUGGACCAGGGGCAGGCAUACGUCUAUAUGCAUUCGAUAUACUUUAUGAGCGUCAUGUUCCUGCAACGACAAUACGUUCCGGUUCUCGGCCCGCAGUCCGAACAGAAGCUCUUCCCGAACUAUUUGGCCGGCAAAGACGAUCCGAGCUGGAUCGAGUGGCAGCGGUACUCGAAACGGCAGUUAUACCACACGGCGGUUACGGUCUGCGACAUGAUGGAGGAGAUCCGAAGCUUUGGGCUAUUCUUCCUCCGUGGCUUGGUCCCUUGGACGGGUUUCACGAUCUAUACGGCCAUCGGCGUCAUGCUCUAUCAGCUCAACUUCUCUGAUUCAGAAGACGACCCGGCGGUCACCAUCCGGGCGAAGGAGCGCGUCAACCGAGGAUGUUCAUUUCUGAGAGAGAUGAAAGGCCAUUGGCCGAUGGCCGAUGCGCAAUUCGAGACCAUCAGGCGCAUGCAAGCGUUCUAUCACAAGGUUCAGAACCCAAAAGAGGGAGUCUCUCCCGACGAGCGGUCCGCCCUUGGCGAAGCGCUCGUGGAUUACGGUGCCGUUCAACAAGCCCUCAGUCCGCAGGCGAGUAGUAGUGCAGACGAACCAUCUCCAUUAUCCGAAAUUCAAGCCAGCGCUAUGCCAUCACCAACUGGAUACCAAGUCUCCCCUCCACAACCGCAAAGCACCUCUUCACCCGCUAUUGCCAAACGCUCCGUUUCUCCACCAACCCAACCGCUCGCCCUCGACUCCGUAAUACGGCAUGGGUCUACUGUGCCCGCAAUGCCAAUUCUACAGCCUCCUGCACAGCAAAUGCUGCAGCCACCAGACAUCAUUCCCACCGUUCCACCGGACGCAUAUCAGGUAGGCCCCUCCGCACCGAUCGCGGAAACGUGGCCGGGAGAUGUGAAUUUGUUCGAUUUCUCGAAUUACGAUCUUGAAAUGGUUGACUUUGACACGGUGGCGACGGAUGCCACGCUGAUGUUCUGGGAGGACUUUCCCGGCCAGGUGGAAUUUUCCUUUCAAUGAGUGCGCCAGCGACCGGGCUUGAGGUGUUAUCAGACACCUCGAAGGGUUUUCGAUCAGCUUGAUGAUGAUGUUACAUGACAUGAGGAUCAAAAUCACGAGUAUCGAUGACUUUUCGUACUUGAAG